AUGAGAAACCCCUUUUUCAAGAGUAUCGCAUCUUCUGAGAUAAGUGCUUCUGAAACUGACCAGGAAGCGGCGAAUGCCAGAGAUAUUCACAAAUACCUCACCUCUCAGAUAACGCCAUUUAUAUUGGAUAAAUUCAACAGUCAAACAGAUGCUGCUUGUGCCUCUCUCAAGAAAGUUCUUUCUGAAACGAAUGUUAAAGGACUCCCACCAUCAUUGACGGCGGCGCUAACAUUCUACAGCCGCGAACAAUUCCUCCAAACAGCCCUGCCAUAUGUUUUCACUACUCUCUCGUAUACAUUCAAACAUCGUCAGAAUAAUGACGGACAAAUGGUUGCAUUGACGGAGGCAGAAACAGAACUCGUCAAAACAAUGACCGUCAUUCUCUCCGGCGACGAUGGUAUUCGCUUGCCUUUGGCUACGUUGCAACUUUUUGUUGUCCAGUUCUCACCAUUUUUUAGUAAGCUAAAUGCUUCUGAAAGUUUUUUGCGAAUGGUCCUUUCAGAUCAGAUUCAAAUUUCGUUUUGGGGCUCCCUUUCGAAAGCAAAUAUGCCAGACCUGGCAGUAUUCAACCGACCUUUCAUGGAAAUCGACCGAGUACGCCAAACGAUGAGCAGAGGAAUUAACUCACCUUUGUCGUGCCUCGACGCCGCAGUUUUGCAAUCGAUUGAUAGAAAACUCGUUAAAUGCCCGGAAAGUCGUCUUUGGUGCUUUUCAUACUUGCGUAAACGUCUAUCUUCGAUAUUUGGACAGCAUCCUGAAGGAGACACGACGCGGCUUAUAAAAUCUGAGCCCCUUCAAAGACGGGCAGUCUCGAUAACAGUUCCACGAUCGAACUCUGAAGAUGAGGAAAAGAACAAACACGUCCGCCAGAAAAUGAAAAAACAAUCAAUCUCAGCUAGUCCGAUGUCACAGUGUUUAAUAGCACAAAUCUCGACGCCUUGGCUAGUUGAAAGUUUCAAAAACUUGGCGACGGAAAGUCCCUCUCCGGAAGCCUCUUAUCGCGAAAGUGGAAGGAGCUCUCGACUAACAACGAAACAUUGUUCGCCACGUUCACUUACCGCGCAUAGAAGAUGGACGACCGUUUCGUUAAAGCGUAUGCAUUCAAGACAAACGAGUAUUCGACAGAGCUUGCGGAGAUCGGUCAGACGAAUGUCACAAAACGUGCGCAAUUUGAAUAGAAUUGGCUCACGGCACUUGGUGCCCUCUGGAAAAGGACACAGCCAAGCAACUAGAUUUUCAAUCAUUGAUCCAGCUGGUGAUGAGUCGCUAGUCAUUCACUCGAUGUUGCUCUACAAGAAAAAUGGCGUCAAAGACGACAAUCGAAUAGAGCAGAGAAAGUGGCUCUCAGACUCGUCUGUCAAAUACACAACUGAGUCCGGUCUUUAUGAAAAAAACUUCGCCUUUAUAUUUCUUGAUAGGACAAAUUUGCCGAAGCUCGACAUGCUCCUGAGCUACUUCAUGCAGAAUUUCGCUGACUUGCAACCGAACAUGCAGUUAAUUGAAACUGCUGUCGGUUUGUACUGCUGGCUUUUUGAACAAGUCGAGCAUCACAAUUCCGACUUGGAGAAUCUUAUCGAACUUGGGUUGAUUUUGUUGAUGAAAUUGCCGUGCAACUGCGAGCGACAAAAGAAUGCAACAAAUUUGAACCCAUUCCGUGGAAUUCUGCUAGAGAAGCUUGAUCACAUUAUUCAUGAGUGCGAAGGCGAGUCUGAGCAGGUUUUGAAGCGCUUGAUAAAGUCAAGACCGAUCGAGUGGAUUCUAAAAAUGCUUCAUAAAGUUCUCGAAACCUGCCGAAACUUUGACAAUGUGAAAAAUCACAAGCUUAAUCGCGUUCAGCAUGCGUUCUUGAGGACCCAUAUGAGGGAUGUAAUUUUGAAGAUCGGCGAAAAGUUCAACGAAAUCGGGAAAAACAGUUUGCACACUCCUGGCAGUCUCAUCAAUUACAUCCGUUAUCAACAUCCAAAAGUUUUCUGUGAGAUAUUCUUUGAUAUUUUGAUCCAAGGCAAGAAAGACGCAAUAAGAAUAAAAAAGAUUCGCCAGAUCAGAGAUCUAUCUUUGAAGAAGCAAGAUUCAAGCAGACCCGCGGGUCAUUCUCCGUCAGAUUGUUCAAGCUCACGAAACGCCAAUGACGAUGCAGCCGAAUCAAAAAGCCGCAAUCCGUCAGACUGCAAAGCGGGAGUUGGGCGCUCGAUGAUAAGAAGACUUACUGAGAUGGUGCAAAAUACGAAGUCAGAUGAUAAUGAAAAGGCUCCAGAAAUCGAUCAAAAUAAAUACCCCCACUUAGUGCCCAUUCACUCGUCAGAUGCGCUGAAACUAGAUUUGGAAAAAAUUUGCGAAGGCAUUGGUAUUCUUAGGACAGUUCUAGGGCUUAUGAAUGCGAAUUCUUUACCUGAUGGAAAUUUCAUCGCGCAGAUAUUCAACAUGGACGCGCCUGUCUUUGUUAGAGUGGUCACACUUGUUGAACUGACCCAAUAUGUUCGCCAGAAUCUCAUAUGCUUGCAACGCACCUAUCAAAGCGAGAAUUCUGGCUUUCACCAAGCUCAUAGCGAAGAAACAAGAUUGGAGCUCAAGAAUCAAUUUCAAAACUGGGCAGAGAAGAUUACUUCUAUCUUAGAGGAACCAAUCGCUGAUGACCAGAAAAAAAUCUCGAUGCCAACGGUGUCUACCUUCCUCACAAAUAAAGAAAUCGAUAAGGUUGCUUCGAAAAGAUGGAUUCGUAACUUUGGGCUCAUACUGCUUUCGGAAUUAGUGGCGUUUAUUCGAGAGGCGAAUUUACAAGCGUCAAAGGCAAAGUGUAAAAAAGCACAGCUGCAUUUACCAAAACGUCGCGGUAGACACGGGCCGCAUUACAAGAAUCAAGAUGAGGAUAACGAUUCUUUGGGAGGAUCAAGGCAUGCAAAAAACAAGCUUGAUAUUCUUUAUACUCACGGUGCACUCGGAAUGAAGCAGUUUUUCUCUCGCUGGGGAUUUAAAGACAAAGAUCUUCCAAUUGAAUUAAAUUCGAACAUCAUAUCUAACCCUUCCGCCGACCUGAACGAGCAUUCGGAACCCAAUCGAAAAUCUCUUAAUUUGAAGAGCCUUCGUGGAUCUUCUCUCGAUCAUACUCCGAAAGGACCAUCUCAAAGUUACAUUAACUUGAUGGGUCAUUUCUUGUCGGACUUCAGCUUCGAUUGUGACCACAAAAACGGAGAAUGCUUUAUGAACUGCUAUGUUGCGACGAGACAAGUGACCGAAACGCUCGGCUCACUCAUAUUGCUUCUUCUAAGCGAUAAUUACUUAGACAAAAUCGACUGCUUUGCCGGAAACAAGAAGGCCAUUGUACAAGAAGCUCACCAAAUAAUAGAAAAAGUUCCUGUUGCUUGUUUAAGCGUUUUAGUGGAAUCUAUCCACGAAAUAUCGAACGCGACGAUGCAGUUUGCCAUCUAUCCGUGUUGGAAAAUAAUCACGCUUCGCAACGAUAAGGCAUCUAAGCUUGCUGCCGUUUUCAUUCUUCUCGCCUGCCAUAGACUAAAAGAAACCAUACCAGCCUUUUUGAAACUUUGCUUGGAAAAAGACCCACCCGCAGAAUUGCUCGAGAAGAUGGAGAUUCUCUGGAAUAUGAGAUCGCAUGUUUGGUCUCAUGUUGAUAAGCGAGUAGCCCGUCAUUUUAAACUACCAAGCUUAGCAGUAAAUAUAGCGUUGCCGAACCCACCGCUUGGUGACUAUCCGGAGGAAGCGCCAGAUGCGCCGUGGAUGAACGAAUACAACGAUUUCGAAAAAAUGUAUGCUGAAGGGAUCCUCAACGCUGAUCUUCUUAAGUCGAAUCCGUCUUCUACAAAGAAAAGCGAACAAGAAAAAACUUUCAAAAAGGAACAAGAGGAGAAGCAAAACAAGCGGCAGAAGUAUUCAUUGACGAAUUUGUCCAUUCAGGAUUCUAUAAAUCAACACUACUAUCGCUCAGUUGGGUCUAUGGAUGACGAAGAAGAGGGAUCGCGGCGAUUUAGCUCCAGACUUAUGUCAAUCACCUCGAUGGGAACGAUGGUGGACGAAAACAACCUGACAGACAGCGGAAAUGAUAUCAACAACGAUAAUUUUGAUAGAUCCUAUCAUUUCAAGGACGACGUUCCCAGUCAAGUUUUCCCAACGGCAUUGCAAAAUAUUUUGCCAAAACUCUUCUAUCUGGUAGAUUCUCCCGAACUCCACAAAAAUAUCCCGGUGAACUUAAUUGCAAAAGAUCUAUUUAAAAAGUUCUUAACUGAAGAUUGUUUUCUCCUCCUUCGAUCGGUAACGGAAAAGAUUAUAUCAAGAACGCAGACGAGCGCUGAACCAGUAUCAAAAAUCUAUGAUCUUGUUCUUGCAAUUGGCGGAUCGAAAGACUCAUGGAAUCUAAGCGCUCAAACAACAAAGACGAUCGCAAACUACGUUGUUGGGCUCAUGACCAUGAUUACUCGCAACGGCGAUGAGCUUGAGCGACAUCGAAUGGAACAACUCAUAUUAAUACUCCAAUUGGUACUCCCGAAUAUUGAAGGGGUAACACUCAAGCAGUUGAAAGCAACGUUUAAAAAAGAAAACUGCAAGAUAUCAUUAUUCUCCGUUGUCUACGGGGCAAAGAAGCUUACCUGUUUUGGGCCGUACGAUCAUAUGAUCCCAAAUCAGAUCGACGUGGGCUCUGAUGUCAAGUUUAUUGAUAUUCUUGAAGAAGGCAUCGAGUUUUAUUCGCUAACAGCAUCACCUGGGAAUGUUCUCUGUCUCCAGGAUCGAUCGAAAAACAGGCUUCUCAACCCAAACACGUAUGUUAGGGAUUACUUCAUCUUCAAAAAAGGAGAAAUUCCACAGGUUACCAUCGUUGAAGUUGCAAAAGCUCGGGCUGAGAAAGAUAUCAACUCGCUCGCUGUAAACCAGUUCAACGAUGAGAUCGCGAAAAAUGAAGCUGAUCUGACAACGAAGGAACAGCUAACACCGGAAAUUCUUGCAUCUCUGAUCAACUCUAUAAAUGCCAGCUCUACAUGUGGAGAAUGCUACUUUCUCGACAAAGUCUCGACAAAAACGCUGGACACUAUCUACCUUUCUGAAUCAGAAAAUUUUCAAAUAUUCGACGCCUUAAAUCUCUGUCAAAUUUUAAUUCUUGAAUGGAGCGACAAGACAUCUAUCACAAAAAUGUUCCUACUCUUGGACAUUCUCGUUGAUAUCGAGCUUUAUGAGGUGAGGCAGCAGCUCAAGAAGUUCUCCAAGGUAUCUCUUUUGCUUUUCACCAAGCUGAAGAAAGUGACCGAAGUCGUGGAAAAUAUCGCGCUGCAAUCGCAAUGUUUUCAGUCCAGAACGACUAUGUCCAAACGUGGUAACCGCGUGACCAGUGACGAACUCGACGAUGAAUCCAGCGAGUCAGUCGAAUUCAACGCCUGCACUGAAUGUGUCCUCCCCCGUCAAACCUAUCUGCAGGUUGUUCUCAAGAUUUACAAGGUCUCAAAAGAUCGCCCUGAACUACUGCGAGUUCUUUGUGAACUGAAAAUCUCGAGUUCUUGCGCCAGUCAGCUCAAGCCGAUAAAAGACGAGUUGAUGAAAACACUAACGCAAGUUGGCUGCUGCCAUGUCUCUAUGCAGACGCAUUUGAUCCAGCUCAAGCCGGAAAUUCUUUAUCAAAUAGACCAGCUCCAUGCAGGAAUACUCGAUGUCAAGAAAGACAAAGAGCUCACUGGGAGUACGCGUAAAGGCUCCAAAAGGGUUGACAAAAAUUCACGACUUUCGUCAAUAAGAAGUGCGCUGCCCGGUUUGAGCAGAGGAACUUCCGUUAAACGAGGCCUCGAGCACAAGACUAGCCAGAAAUCAAACCUGGAGGGAUUCACAAGGCCCUCUUUUGAUGAACUCGACGGCGUGCAAUUAUCAACAAUGAGCCUCGGAUUUCGCCCUUCGUCAUGCAAGUUAAAGGAUGAAACCACCUCUCGUCGUCGACAUACUCGCCACAACACUGUUGGAAACUCCCUUGGAGACCUCGAAGAGCAUGAAAAAACAGCACAUCUGAAAAAAAAUCCAACAACAAUUUUCUGA